AUGGAGGACAGCGCCCCCACAGGACAGCCCCAGCACUACACAAACACCACAUGGAGGACAGCGCCCCCACAGGACAGCCCCAGCACUACACAAACACCACAUGGAGGACAGCGCCCCCACAGGACAGCCCCAGCACUACACCAACACCACAUGGAGGACAACGCCCCCACAGGACAGCCCCAGCACUACACAAACACCACAUGGAGGACAGCGCCCCCACAGGACAGCCCCAGCACUACACAAACACCACAUGGAGGACAGCGCCCCCACAGGACAGCCCCAGCACUACACCAACACCACAUGGAGGACAGCGCCACCACAGGACAGCCCCAGCACUACACAAACACCACAUGGAGGACAACGCCCCCACAGGACAGCCCCAGCACUACACAAACACCACAUGGAGGACAGCGCCCCCACAGGACAGCCCCAGCACUACACAAACACCACAUGGAGGACAGCGCCCCCACAGGACAGCCUCAGCACUACACAAACACCACAUGGAGGACAGCGCCACCACAGGACAGCCCCAGCACUACACAAACACCACAUGGAGGACAGCGCCACCACAGGACAGCCCCAGCACUACACAAACACCACAGGCGGUAG